AUGGAAUCCUCAGCAACAAUAUCUAGUGUUGUUGCAAGCUCUGGCUCUGUACUUCUCAGUAGAGUUUAUGAGACUAAAGGAAGGAGAGGAUGUGCCAUUCCUGGUCUCAACAAUGACACUUAUAAAGUCCAAAAUGAAGCACAUGCGGAGCUUAUCAAUAAAACCAUUCCUUAUGUGUGGAAGAAUAACAAACUUGAAUAUGCACCAUGUGAAAUUUUUAGCACCAAUGACUCUUUUUUAUCCUUGCAAUUCAACGAUACAAACAGAACAAAAGUGGCCUGUCAUAAAUGGGUCUAUGAUAAAUCUACUGUAAUAAAAACGGCUGCAACUGAGAUGAAUAUGGUAUGUAGUAAAGAAAUAUAUGGUUCCUUGACUAAAAUGUGGUUCAUGGUUGGAAUGUUGGUGGGUUCCUUUAUGUUAGGAAUUGUUUCAGACAAAUUUGGAAGAAAACCAGCCUAUUUUAUUUGUCUUCUUGGAAACAUUGCAUCAACUGUAUGUGUUUACUGGAUUCCAGAAGUGAUAUCACUUGAAGCUGCUCGAUUUACCACUGGUGUAUUUAUUGUUGGCCUUUAUAUGAUUAUUUUUGUCAUUUCUGUGGAACAUGUGGGCAGCUCAAAAAGAACUUUGGUUGGUGUCAUUUUAAAUAUAAUCUACACAUUAGGAGAAAUCCUUACUGGGGCCAUAGCAUAUUUUGUGAGAGAUUGGCGAACUCUCUGUCUUCUUCUCUCCUCAGUUCUUUGGCCGACAAUUUUUUAUUGGUGUGUUCUUGUUGAAUCCCCACGCUGGCUCAUCUUGAAGAAAAGAUAUGCAGAAGCAGAGAUGAUAUUCAGAAAAGCUGCCUAUGUAAACAAAGUCGAAUUGCCUGAGGAUUUGUUUCUGCCUGAUGAAGACAACAAAGAAGAAAGAAUAAUGGUACAUGAAGGAUUUCUGAAAUUGUUUAAAUCCAAGAUACUUUUACUACGCAGUCUGAUUAUAUUUUUUAAUUGGAGUGUUAUCAGUUUUGUAUUCUUUGGUCUUCUAAUGAUAAGCAACAAUUUGGCAGGAAACUUGUAUGUGAAUACAACUGUAAAUGCUGCUGUUGAAAUCCCGGCUGUAAUAGGAGUCCUUUUUGUGUUGGACCGAUGGGGACGAAAACCCCUUUAUUUUUCUUCAGUGGUCUUAGCUGGACUAGCAUGUCUUGCCUCUGGUCUAAUCAGUAUGUAUCUACCAGAUAACUUGCAAUGGAUUUCUGUGACAGCAGCAAUGAUCGGGAAAUUUGGAGCCUCUGCUGGGUUUACUAUCAUCUACAUUUUUACAACUGAACUUUUCCCAACAGUUGUUCGAAAUGCUGGUGUUGGAGCAAGUUCUUGUGCUGCACGAAUAGGCAGCAUUGUUGCUCCUUAUACUGUAGAUUUGGGACAUCUCAUCAGCAGUGGACCACUUGGUACUGGUUUUCCAAUGCUUUUAUAUGGAGUUUUGUCAUUAAUUGCCGGAGGACUCUCUUUAUAUUUACCUGAAACACUUGGAAAAGAUUUACCUGAAACAAUUACUGAUGGAGAAAGAUUUGGAAAUUCUUCUUAUACUUUCCUUGCUAAUGAAGAAGAUGCUGAUAACAAUGACGAGACUGAUGAUGAAGUCAGUUCUAAUUAUCCAUUGAUGGAAGACAGUGAAAUUGUUUUGCUGAACAAUUACCCUUACGAAACAGAAUCCAAUGAGAGAGGCAAGCGGAUAUUUCCAAAGAGCAAGAAAACAACAUUUAUAUCAUGA